CGCAAGCCACGCCCCUAAUCACUUGCCCGCAAUGCAAAGGACACUGAAUGCCAUGCGGAGGAAAACAGCCAGCGCUAGGGAUGCUCACGAGUGGCGUUUGUGUAGGGGGUUUAUCACAGCAUCACAGAGCUCGAAGCAGGUUUUGAGUUCACGUUAUUGAAUUAGGCUUAUCAUUUGAUUUUGGCUACGGGAAGCAACCGGUCGCGUGCUGUGCUUUUUGUCUGGCCUCUACUGGCACUGGAGAGUUGUUGUUUCCUCCGGAAGUUCGGUUCUGUCUCGAAAGUUGCUGCAGAGUUUUGUGCGGUUUUGCACACACAAGUCCUUGAGGCGUUUAAUCGGGAAGGCAGAAGAACAAAAAAAAGGUGUGACAGGUGGUGAUGAAAUUGAAGAAUUUUCUCCGAGCACUUAAUUGAGGGUUGUUUUUUUUGAGCAAGUGAGUGGCGAAGAAGUUCGCGAGAAAUAACAAUCGUACCGAGGGUGGGCUGCGAAGCGAAGUGAGUGAGGUUAUGUGUUUGCGCAUAGCGUGACUUGACGUCGACGUCUUUAAGUAAACGACACGCUUCGGAAGGGAGGCUUCUGCGUCGGCGAGGGGAGGAAGAUAAUCCAAUUCGAACCAACGGAAAUCUAAUAAUCUAUUCCUGAUUCGAUAACAGUAACAAUGAUUUCGAUCUGAUUGAAGUGAUACCAGCAGUGAUUGUGGCGAUAGUCAAGUGUUCCCAGCAAGGUCGUAUCUUUAAAAAAUAAUUUGCCUCAUGAAACUUGAAUUGCGCGAAAAGUGAGUGUUGAAAGGUGUAAAAAAAACAAAAAUACAUUUCCAGGUAUAUUGGGUGGGAAGUAUUGUGUGUUGCCAGCAGAACGAGAGAGAAUCUCAUCAAAAAGGCAUGAAUCCCCAUCGGCGGAGGUGUUGAACGCGGAAAACUCAUGGAUAAUAAAAAUAAAUAACCCCCGAAAAUAAAAACGAGUAACCAGGAACCAGCGACCAGUGCUUUCGGAUUGUAUGCGUUUUGCCAACCAUUUCUGGUACCGAAAAGCGGCUUGAUUAAUAUUUAAUUCCAUUUCGGGAGUCUCGCACCCCUUGAACAUUCAGAACAACAAAACAAAACGCGAAUCAGCAUAAUAGUAAUCGAAACAAACCCCUUAUUCGACCGAACCCGAAGCAAAAACCGCCAAAAUUUAUCCCCACGAGAUGGACUACUCCUACCUGAACCAGGCGGCGGCCGGAUUCGAUUCCAGCUGCCUCCAGGGCGGUAUGGAUCCGACGGGCCUGGGCAACAUGCCGUGCACCUACGGCGAUCUGACCUCGUGCAGUCAGAUGUCCCAGGCAGCGUACACUCGCUAUACGGCAGCGGCGGCUUCGAUGGCCCGGUCGUACAAUCCCGUUGGUUCCGGAGUUGGACCGGGUAAUGUGACGAUGAGUGCGCUGCACCAUGCAGCAGCGGCCGCCGGACCCGGAAGCCAGUGUUCGGUGAUGGGUGGCCGGAGCCACCAGGAUGUGCACCGGGCGUCCAUGUUCCAGACGUCGAUGAAUUUGCAAUCCGGCCUUCCCUACAAAGUGUACUCCGGUCACGACUCGGUCCUGGCGGAGAAGCGGAAACAACGUCGGAUACGAACCACCUUCACGUCGGCCCAGCUCAAGGAGCUGGAACGUGCCUUCCAGGAGACGCACUAUCCGGACAUCUACACCCGGGAGGAGAUUGCCAUGAAGAUUGACCUCACCGAGGCGAGGGUACAGGUUUGGUUCCAGAACCGACGGGCAAAAUUCCGGAAGCAGGAACGGAUCGCCCAACAGAAGGUGUCUAGCAAUAACAACAACAACAGCAACACAAGCAACAACAAUAACAACGGUGCCGAUUCGUCAUCGGUCAAGAGCGAACAGAAAUCGUCCAACGGUGGCGUGGCUGCCGGAAGUACAACCCCCAAGGAUAUCAAACCGGGUUCGCCGCUGUCCAAUGUGUCCACCACGCCCAACUCGAGUGCUUCCUCCCACCAAUCGAACGGAGACAUUAAGCCGAUUAAUGGAAAACUAUCCGAUUCGGAUCUGAAUGGCCUGUCGGUGCCGCACCACGGAGGCCCCGGAGGUGGAGCAGGUGGUGGCCUCGGGUCCCUCCACCACCACCAUCACAACAACAACAACAACAGUAGCAGCAGCAGCAGUGCCAGCAAAUGGAGCUCCUCGUGUAAUCCACUGCUGCAAAGCCAGAAAGCAUCGUCGGCAACAGCGGCGGUUAACCACUUGGGCAUGAAUCACAAUCUGCAGAAUCACCACCACCACGCGGUAGCGGCCCUUUCGUCCCCGUUCUCGUCGCUGCUUGGGGCAGGCGGUGGAGCCGCCGGGUACUUGUUGGAUCCCCUAGGGGGGCUGAACAAAACGACCGCCGCCAAUCAUCUGUUCUAAUUGGACGGGGGGGGCUAGAGGUCGAUAUUAGUAUUAAGCAUUCCACACUAGUCGUAGGUUUAAGAUACGAAAGGCUAACGAUAAGAUUUGGUGAAGCAACUUCACCGGUGUAGAUACAGACUCAAUUUUUCAUAAAAUCUUGUCACAAUCAAAGCAGGCUGAGCAAGAACGAAUCUAGUCAUCAUUAGAAAAUCGCUUUUCAGCAGGAUUAUUGCUGCUUACUAGAUACACAGUGCAGAUGCCGAGCCAAGCAAAGAGAAAAAGAAAAGGUAGAAGCUGUAGCAUAUAGUAGGCAGAGCAGGGGUAUGAUUCCAUGACAACGCGAUGACGAAUAUGUCCGUUUCGGUGAGAUUGAGUGACGUUAAUUAAAUACAGAAGUCAAUUACUAAGUAUUUCGCUGCAUGGGUUGAUGGUUGGAACGCAUACAUAGGUUCAAAUGGACAGGUUUGAGUUUCCAGCUGACAAGGCGCUUUAAUUGCACUUUGGAUUGACCAAAUAUUCAGAAAUAUUCAGAAAAAUGAAAAACUUCCAAUAUUACUUGCAUAGGUAUUUAAGAUUGUCCGACAACUUUUUCUGGUCGAAUUCCUAAAGCAAGUUUAUAUUGUUUGUGAUUAAAACGGAAUAAAACAGAAAAUUUGGAUCGGUACUCCCUCAUUGUUUUAGUAGUCUCUAAAGAAUUUUUCAAUUAUAUCAGCAACUCGUUUGGUAUUUGUUUUUUAACUCUCCAAAAACUCUUCUAGCAAUUCCUUUGAAAUUCCUUCGGUAACGCCUUUGGUAAUUCAUUCAACAAUGACUCUGCGAAUUUCCUUGCAAAUUUCUUUGAACAUGAAUUUCUUUAUUUAUGCUAUUUGGAAUUUUUUCAGAAUUCCUUUCAAAAUUUAUUUGUGAAUACAUACUUGCAGAAACUUGUAUUGCAAUUUCUUCGCCAAUUUAUUUUGGGGUUGGAUUUGGUCAAUGAACUGCACACUUUGGUUGAUUUUCUACUCUCCGCAUCGAUUAAGAAUCGGGGAAUCACAAUAUUGUAUGGCAAAUAGCAUCUGCGGCUCCAUGGUGGUGCUACUAGUGUCACCAAGCUCUUAGUCGCAUCGUGCUGAAGAGCGCGGGUUCGAUUCCCGCCGUAGCUGUCAGGAAAAGUUUUCGGCUGUGCCACUGGGCGUUGCAUGCUGGUCUGUUGUCUAGUGUCGUGUUUCCCUCAAUUUUUUGUUUCCUUUCAUUUUUGAAAAAAUAUAUUUGUUAGCGGUUGUGCACAAGGAUAACCGCUUUGAUGCCUACCAAAUAUGUUUUUGGGAAAUGCUUUUUUUUUCGAGAAAUUCGAGUUUAGAUGCUUUUUGUCAUACAAAAUGAAAUGGUUUUACUUCUGCCGAUCAACCAAUGCCAAGAGGUACUCCCGUUGUUCUUCCAGAUUUUUUUUUCUGGGAUUUCUUCUCCAAGAAUUCCAUCCUAAAUUCUCCUAAUAGUUUCUUUUGAAAUGUAUUCAAGAGUUUUUUUUUUACUUCCUUUUCCCCGGAUUUCUUUCGGGAUUCCUUCGGGCCUUCUUUCGGAGAUUGCAUCAGGAAUUUGUUCCAAGAUUCCCCAAGAAACUCCUCCAAAACUCCGUUAGGGCAUUUCUAGAAUUCUAUGCGAGAUUCCUCCCAGAAUUCCUUCUGAAAUUUCUUCAGAAAUUCUUUCUAAGAACCUUUCAGGAAUCCUACAAGAACUUUUUGCAGUAUUCCAUCAAAAUCUUCUUCGGAAUUAUGCCAGGACCUCCUUCCGGGAUUUAUACGGUAAUUGCACCGGGAACUUCUUCCGGAAUUCCCUCAAGAACAUUUUCCGGGAUUCUUACAGAAACUACUUCCAGGAUUCUUCCGGGACCUCCAUCAGGGAUUCAUUUGGGUUUUUUUUUCUAGGCUUCUGCCAGGAAUUACUUCUGAAAUUUCUUCAGGAAUUCCUUCGUGGAUUUCUUCGGGAACUUCUUCCGAGAUUCUUUUCGGAACUCUUUCUGGGAUGCCUCUUGAAACUCAUUCUGGGAAAUUCUUCUAGAUUUCAUCAGAAACUGCUUCCAGGAUUUCUGCAGAAACUGUUUCCAGGAUUCAUCUAGGAACUCUUUUCUGGAUUUCUUCAAGCUUCGUUUGAAUUCCUGCAGAUCCUUCUGAAAUUUCUCAGGAAGUUCAUUCUGGAAUUCUUUCAGAUGCUUCUAAUGGAAAUCCUCCAGAAGUCGAUUAGGGAAUAUUUUGAGAAGUUCCUCCUGCAUGUUUUGUUUAUGGAUUUCCUUAUGAAAUUCCUACAGGAUUUCCUUGAGCAAAUAUUCCAGAAAGUCCUUCUGGUUUUCAUCAGAAACUUUUAGGAGAAUUUUGGAUGUAAUUCCAGGAAGGAGUUCCUGAGAGGGAACCUGUUAGAAACCUCAGAGGAAACACCUGGAGGGACCCCAUUGCUGGCAACUUCAGAAGGAACCCCAAAAAGAAUCUCAGAUAUGAGGAAACACAGAAGAAAAUCCUAUAGGUAUCCUAGAAAAAAAGAUAUGGAGAAACCACGGAAGGAAUUCCUGGAAGAAUCUCAGGAAAAUUGUUUGGGUAAGCUCGGAAGGAGUAAUCCUGGUGGGACCUCGGAAUUAAUUUCUAGAGAAAUUUGGGAAAAAAAAAUAAAAAAAAUCCAGGGUCUCCUAAAAUUCUUUCGCCAGAACCUCCUACAACCGCAACAAUCUCAGAAAGUAUUCCUCAGCAAAUAAUGAAAAAAUCUCUGAAAGAAUCCCGGAAGUGCUGUUUCGAGAAAUCCUGGCAAGAGCUCUUGAAGGUAUUCCAAAAAAAACCUUUUUAGGAAUCUCAGAAGAAAUUCCUGGAAGAAAUCCAGAGGGAACUUCUGAAUGAAACCUAAAUAAACCCUCGGAAGAAUCUAAUCUAGAACUCCCUGAAAAUCCUACAAGACACUCUUGGAGAAUUCCUGGAACAAAUUUGUGAGGAAUACACGACAGAUUCCUGGGAUUCCUGUGGUAUCUCACAAAAACAACCUGAAGGGAUGCCACCGUGCCAUUAUCAAGUCAUAAAUCAGCACACUUUCCCACACACGCGCACCCCACAUUAUGAAUCAAAUCAAACCUCCCAUGAAAAGCUGACGAAAUUGUCCGUAUCGUAAACAACAACCCACGAAACGUUAAAGCCUUAAAAAAAUAUCAUAACAACCGCCGUAUGUAGUGGAUGUAUGUAUGUAUGUAUGUAGUAUGUAUUGGAAUUUCCAAUUAGCCGAAGGGAUUAACAAAAGAAUUUCUAAAAUAUUUGUCUGAGAAAUUUCCAAAUCAAUGGCUUGAGAAAUUUCCAGAGGAAUUGCCGGAAAAGCUUGCUAUGAAAUUUUCGGAGAAAGUGUAGAAUUAGCAUAAUUUAAAAUACACAGAAAUAAAAAUUUGAAAAAAUAAAUAAAAAUUUCGGAGAAGAUUCAGAUGCUUUUCGUCAUACAAAAUAAAAUGGUUUUAAUCAUGCUGAUCAAUGGUCAUGCGCCAAAAUUCCCAGAAAUUCACAAAGGGAUCUCCGAAGAAAUGAUCAAUGAAACAACCAAAAGAAUUCUCAAAGAAUUUUAAUAAAUUUUUCAAAAAAAAAAAAUUCCGUCAAAAUUUAUAAAAAAAAUUGUCGAAGCAAUUUUCGGAAGAGCAUGUAUGCACUCAAAUCCUAAAGAAUUACAGAAGAAAACACAAGAAAAUUUAAGAAGAAAUUUCAUAACAAAUUUCCAAAGAAAUUACUGAUCAAAUUCCAAUAAAACUAACGCAGAAAAUUCUCAAAGAAAAUGACGAAGCAGUUUGAAGGAAUUUCCGAAAAUAUUCAUAAAACAUAUAUCUAGAGAAAUUCCAGAAGAAAUAGACGAACAAUUUAUAAAAGCAUUAUUUAAGAAAUUCACAAAGCAGUUAUCAAGCAUUUUUUGCAGAAAUAACCGAAUAAUUUCUCAAAAUAUAUUGCCGACAACAUUUUCAAUUGUAUUGCUGAAGUAAAUACCGGAGCAAUUCUUGAAGGAAUUUCCAAAGAAAUUCUCAGUGGGUGAAAUAAUAGCCUACCCUAUUUCCUAAUUCAAUUCGAAAAACAAAUAUGUGAUUUGAACGUACCAUCUUUAUUUAUUUAAUUAUGCUUCUUCUUCUUCUUUAUGGCUGUACGUCCCCACUGAGACUUGGCCUGCCUCUCUCCAAUUUAGUAUUCUUUGAGCACUUCCACAGUUAUUAAUUGGAGGGCUUUCUUUGCCUGCCAUUGCAUGAAUUUGGAUAUUGUGAGGCAAGCACAAUGAUACACUAUGCCCAGGGAGUCGAGAAAAUUUUCCCGACCGGAACGGGAAUCGAACCCGCCAUCUCCGGAUUGGCGAUCCAUAGCCUUAACCACUAGGCUAACUGGAGAC